AUGUCCUGGCCAGCACCGGAAAUUGCAGGAAUAACUAGCGGCUAUCUGCCGGAUUGCGGAGCCCGUCCCCUUGUCAUAUGUCACGCCACCGGCUCUACCGAUUACCCUACUAAUGAGGCGACGACAUUGACAGGCGUAUUGUCAACCAAGGGACACUUCCUGCCGGAUACCACUGCUCUCGAGAUCGGUUGGGUUUGGGUUAGUAAAAAACGUGAGGUUUGGCCCACCAUUCAUACGGUUCGUUUAAGACAGGGGGCAACUCUAUUAGUUAUGAAUGAAGGCAGAUGCGCAAGAGGAAGAGGAACACUUGCACCCACUUCCUCCCUAACCUGCCCCAGAUGGGAAGGGGACGGCCUCUUCUGA